AUGUGUGAAAUUCAGUUUUUAUUUAUUUUGUUCAUCUCAAUAAAUGUAUUUCUCCAACUAGUAUUGUUGGAAGGUAACAAUCAUUUAAAUCAGUCAUUCGAGUUUUCGAUUAUCAGGCUGAGAAGCUCCACUGGUUGCGGAUUUAAAAGUCUUUUAUGUUUAGGAUCAAGCCGGAACAGGAAAAGUGGAAGUUCAAGUUCUAGAAAUGAUGAGGUUGAAGGGAAGAGCCGAAAUGGCCGAUCACCCCCUUCAUCUUCCCUUCAAUCUCCCUCUCAAUCCCCCCCUUCAUCCCCUUUUCAAUCUCAAUCUGCUUUUGGAAGUUAUGCCUCUUUCCCACCUGAAGACCCAAAUAGUAUUUAUGUUAAUAUGUUACGGACACAACCUCCUUUCCCUUUGUUCCCAUUUACCAAAACUGAUUCAGGUUGCAAGAGCAACAAAAAAUCUAGUGAUAGUGAACAUAAUGAUGAGGUUGACGGUGAUAGUGAGGUUGAUAGUGUUAGCGAGGAUGAUGGUGAUAGUGAAGAUAGUAGUGGUUCUGACAACGAUUACCAAGAUAUGAGUUCAUUAGGUGCUGCAUAUGUUCAACGCCCACUUUCGGUUUAUGACAAUGUUCCAGAAACUAGAGGUCUUCAAUCUACGAAUUCACUCUACGAGAAUGUUCCAGGUGAAAAUUCUGUAACUAAUCAUGGCAAUCAUGCAGAACCUCAAGGAAAACCACCAUUACCUCCAAAUUGGAGAGAACGUGCAUUGGCUGCAAGCCAAAAAAAGAACCAAGCCUGUCAUCGUAGCCACCAUAAUAGCCAUCGCCGUCGUCAUCACCGUCGCCAUCGCCAUCACCAUCACCAUCACCAUCAUCAUCAUGGUCCACGUCAAGAAGAUAAAUAUGACUCUCCACCACCAAAGCCUUUCUUACCAUCUGGUUUCCGACUCAAUAGAUAUUGA